AUGGCUCAACGUCAACUUUCGCGUACUCUGCCCAAGAACUUCACCUUCUCCCUCGGCGACAAUGAACCCAAGACCCCCGAGCGCCCUCGCGCCACUAUGAAUGUACCUCCGCCACCUCGUCACUCAAUCUCUAGCGGCCGCCUACCUAGAGUUCGGGCUCGCGCUGGUACCAAUGUCUGCGCUCGCAUGGACAUGGACAUGUUCCAAUUUCACGGCUCCGAUGUUCCACUGCCUUCGAUUGAAGUGCCCCAAUCGACUGACUUGGAGGCGCCUUCAUUCCGUGAUUUCGCCAAUGAUGAGGGAUAUCUUGCGCCUCCUCGCACGCGAAUGGAUUUUAAGACGCCACCUGCGCAGAUCCGCGGCACACCUUUCGAUUCCUGCGAGGCGGGUAACCCGUGGCCAUCGUGGGACCAGACACCUGGCCCAAACAGUAUCAAACGCCCAGACUCGGUCUGCUCGACUUUGUCAAAUUCUUCAAUUGAAUCUAUUGAAACCUUCGCAUCACGACCAUCCGUAGGAAGUUUCACCAGUGUCGAGAGCGAUUUAUUUGACUCAUACUUCCCCUUGGAGAUGUCUAAAGAACCUGAGAUUGAGUCGCCUUCGCGACCUCAGAAACAGUCGGCGAAUGUCAAAGUGUCCAAGAAGUCCUGGACGCGUGAGAUGGAUACCCACUUGUGGAAUACAUAUCAAAUUUACCUCCAGGAUCCUACUAUGACCCCAUUCAAAAUGACCCCGGGCAGUAUCCCCCCUCUGGGAGUCACCUCGCGUGUUGCAAGACGCGCCAAGAAGACAUGGGCCCAAAAGAGCAGUCGCAUUAUUGAAUCUGUCUCGAUGAAGUUUGUUGAACCCAUUGGAAUUUCUACACCCAAGGCUAUGGACGAAGAGUCACAGCCAGCCUGGCCCAAGUCUGAUUCCAAGACUCGACGGCGCCUCAAAAUGCUAUGUCGACGGAAAUUCUCAAUUUCUCCCCACUAUCAGCGCAUCAUGCAGUCUCGCACUCCCGAGCCUGUCACGGAGAUGUUCGGCCCUCCUACGGAUACCCGCGUUAAAGACUUCGCUGAUAACUCGGCGUACACUACUCGUGACCUCGGCGUUUCUCUUGUCACAUCCUCCGAACCGACUCCACUUUCUCAGGUUACACAAGACUUGCCGUUGACUACGGACUGGUUUAACAACCCCGUGUCUGCUCAUGUCGAGCCACCAGUGGCCAAGACUCCUAGCCAACAUAUUCGUGUGGAAUCUGCUCCUAACAUCCCUCGUCUGGGAUCCCCAUUCGUGUACAGCACUUGGGGCCCCGGGGGAUCGAAUCGCCAGGUUCAUGAUCCCAAUCCUCGACGUGGGACCGUCCAUGUUCCGGGUUAUCGUGCCCGACGCAACACGUACUUCGACCAGUCUUUGCCUGAUACUGAUGAUGUCUUCGCGAGCGUAGCCAGGGAACAGAAGAAUCCUUCCGACCAAGAAGUCGAACGUCGCUUAGAGGACUAUGUUCGUGAAAACAAGUUCCAAGACAUGGGCCAUGGUCGGGUCCGCAUUCGCAAUCGUGGAGCUACCACUAGCGCUGUCAAUCCCAGAGAUAUGGACCAGCUCUUUUCUCCGCCCUCGUCCCUCAACUCAGGCCCAAUUGAACCCGAAGAGACGACAUCCAUUCUGAAACCCCCCAUGAACCCAUUGUUGGACCUUGGCGAGAACAUUAAACGCCUUGGUUCCCCCUUCCGGAUCGAAGGAGGGCACAAGCGUCGCGAAGCCCCGAAGCGAGUCAUCAGACAAGCACCUGCAUUGUCUGAUCCGUUCUCGAGCAGUGGUUCUUCAUAUGUCAGACCUGAUGACAGCACUUCUCCCAUGCAGGUUUCUCCGGCUCAAGUACAUGAUAAAGCACCGGGUACUUUGCCAUACAAUGCCUCAGAGGACGGCCUUUCUGAUGCUGAGCGCAUCCGCCGGCAAAUCUUGAAUAUGCCUUUUACACGCAACUAA